CCAAGGAAGGCUACCUGUGCAUCAGGGGCGGCGACCAGAGAAAAGCGCACGAGUGCGGCGUCGGAUACAGAUUCGGAUACGGUCUCGCGCGCGCGCGCCUGCGAUACGGAUAGCUUAUGCAGAAUAUUGUCGGAAGGUUGCUCACUCUCGGAGGAGGCUUGUUGAUAAGAGGCUCAUAUUCUUUGGCAACGUUGAAGAGCCAAGGAAAAAGAAUGGGAACCAGGAGGCGAACGCGGCGGCCUGUAUCCACAGUGUCAUGUUUCCAACGCAUCUGCACGAGCCCCCUACAAGACCGACCCAGGCCGGCCGCUAGGCUUUGUGUGUUUUACCGCCUCGAGUUUCAGGCAGCUAAAACGUUCAUGCAUAGGGUUAGGGUUUGACAAACGCUACUCCUUCAACGGCGUGAGGCGGGAGCCUAUUCG